GAACAAAUUAACCACCGAUCCCGCCCAGCAGAAGAUACCUACCAGGACACCGCUGCCAUGGACUCGUCGUCAGCACUGGAGGUCGCGCCGGCGGUCUCCGCGCCCGCCGCGCCGGACAUGGCGGUCAGCGGCAUACUCGCCGCGUCGACCAUCUCCAUCCUGUUCGUAAUCUUCGUCCUCGCGAUCUUCUUCUUCCAGUACUGCAUCAACAACGGCGUCCGCACGUUGCCCAGCGGCGGCGUGUUGGCGCCAGCUUCGGGGGCCAGGGACAAGGGCGUCGACCCUGAGCUGCUGCGGUCGCUGCCGGUGAGGGUGUACCGCGUAGCGGCAUCGAAGGGCUCCGCCGCAGAGGACGUCGGGGUAGAGUGCGCGGUGUGCCUGUCCGAGCUGCAGGACGGGGAGGUGGCGAGAUUCUUGCCCCCGUGCGGCCACGGGUUCCACGCCCAGUGCGUCGAUAAGUGGCUGGCAUCCCACUCCACCUGCCCGCUCUGCCGGGUCACCGUCGCCAAGCCGGACGCGUCGCUGCAGGCGCUUACAUUGACGGGUCUUCCGCAUGUACAGCCGGAGCCGGCGAACUACGCCGCGAACCUACCAGCCAGUGUACUGCACGGGGUUUCAGACCAGGCGACGCUCACCGCGGUGACCGUGACCUCUGACGGAGGCCUCCAGAGACCUUCCGCCCUGGCCUCGGCUGCGGUGCUGGUGAUCGAUAUUCCGGAGUCAAGGGCGGUGGCGACACCGCGCGAUGCGGUCAAGACGCCGGGCUCGGCAAGGCUGAGUUCGCUCAAGAGGCUGUGGAGCUUCGGGAGGCAAGGGCCGACUCCGUCCAGUUCCUGGGGCACCGGCAGCGGAUCAACAGGCGCCGAGCAGGUUAUUAACAUCGCCUGCACAACCCCGAGAGCUCAGCUGUAGUGUAUGAGCCGGAAUUCCCAGCUCUGUACAUAUACACUUAGGAUACAUAGUCACAUAGGCAUUCUUUUGUAGAGAAUAGCAACGAACGUAUGAUGUUCUUCGAGCGAAAAUACACGAAAAUGGCCAUUUUCU